UUUUUUUCUUUUACCUUACUUAUUAUCUUUCACUUUUUUUUUCUUUUUUACUUAUCAUACUUUGAAGCAUUUACAAUAAACAACUUUUUUUUUUUAUCAACAACAGUACAUACUUUUAUUGCAUACAUUAUUAUAUCAUGCCUAGUGGAAGACUACGUAGUCAAUCAACAAGUUCAUCUCAUCCACCAUCAUCUACACCACAUUCUCCGCUAUUGUCAAGAGGUUUCGCCAGUUUACGUCGUUCACAUCGUCAUACAGCUUCAGCAACAGAACAACGACAAACCAUCGCUGUAAUGGACGCUUCUUUACCCCAAACUUCACUAACGGAAUCUAUUAUGGAAACUGAAGAUAUGAAUUCUGCUGGUCCUUCCUCUGAUCCUAUUCAAGGUCAAGUUCAUGAACAUCGAAUCCGACUUGUUCCUAAUGUUGGUAUGGCUACUCGAUGUUUUGUUUUUGAUGUGAUUGAACGAACUCUUCAUUCUGGUGUGAUAUUGAAAUUGGGCCGCUAUAGUGAUCGAAAUGCUUGUUCUGAUAGACUAUCCUUCAAAUCAAAAGUGGUUAGUCGAUGUCAUGCUGAAAUUUGGCAAGAAGAUGGAAAGAUAUACAUCAAAGAUUCUGGGUCCUCUAGUGGAACGUUUGUGAAUCGUGCAAGAUUAAGCCCUGCUAAUACAAGUAGUCGACCUUAUAUUAUUCAAGAUGGUGAUCUCAUUCAAUUAGGUGUGGAUUACAAAGGUGGAGUACAGCCGAUGUAUCGAGCCGUUAGGAUGCGUUUUGAAGUCGACCGAUCACCCUCUUUAAAACAAACUGCGUUUAGUCGGGCAGCAUUUCGUCAAUUGAAGCACUGUUUACGCUCAAGCAUGACUAAUACCACAAACACAACAUCAACUCAUCUGAUGGAUAUCUCAACAACUAAGAAAAAUGAACAUACUACUGAUUCAACAUCAUCUCCUCAACCACAGAUAUCUACAUCUUCAGUAUCAUCAGCAUCAUCAUCAUCUUCUUCUUCUUCUCCCUCUUUGGAAAUUCAAGAAUGUUGUAUCUGUUUAUAUUCCAUGGGUCCAAGUCAAGCUUUAUUCAUUGCUCCUUGUUCUCAUAUAUUUCAUUAUCGUUGUCUACGACCUAUUUUGACUCAAAACUUCCCUGGAUUCUCUUGUCCCUUAUGUCGUACCUAUUCUGAUUUGGAUGCAACUGUUGCGAUCGAAAAGGAUGAAGUGGAAAACAUGUUGCGAAUGGAUCAUGAAAAGAUCAAUGGGAAAAAGAACAACGCACCAACUAACAACUCAGGCAUUGGCACAUCACAAUUGGCAUCAGCAAAUGAUACAACUUUGACACAACCAUCGACUUCAGGAACACCAGAUAUACACGAUCAAUCGACUUCAUUGUUUGAUGAUGUAGUGACUUCAGAUACUGAUAUGGAAAUGGGAUCAUCGGAAACAGCACAUCGUCUAGAGGCAGGCAAUCCAACUCCUAGGAUAUCAUCUCAAGAACAAGACGAUGAUGAUGAUGAAGAUCGACAGAUCGAUGACAAUAUCAAUCGUCAUCAUAGUACUACAUCACCCACCACGCCCACCGCUAUCACUGGUCAUACCACUUUACGACAACGUAAAUCAACUGGACAUGAUGGAUUGUUAUCUACAACCCUGGUAGGCUCACCUUCACCUUUUGAAUUGAUGAUUCAUCAGCAUGCCCUUCCUAUCUCAUCUACUCCUCCACCCAAUCCCGCUUCAACAAUGGCAACUGCUACUGCAACAAAUAUCUCUGCAUCGACUCAUACCAUGGAUUCUUCGCACCCAUCUUCAGAUUAAUCCUCCUUUUUUUUUUUUUUUUUUCUGGUAU